UUCGCUCCGCGCGAUUCCUCCCGUAAACGUCGAGAGAGUUUUCACAUCAUUGUGUAUUAUUUUUCUUUUAUUUCCUAAAUUUUUUACGAGAUAAACCGAUCGAUAAAUUUUUAUUGAAACAAAGAAGAAAAGGAAAAAGAAGGAGAUAAAAAAAAAGAAGAUAUAGCUAAUCGAACGCAAAUGAAUAGCUCAUGGCGAAGAACUCUCGAAGGUUUUUACCAUAUCGGUCGUACGAUCGGUUUAAACGAGACAUUUUAAAAGAAAAAAAUUACGCAAAAGAGAGGCAAGAAACGCAGAGUCUCCUCGAAGUGUGAUACAUAUACGUAUAUAUAUAUACAUAUAUAAGAUAUUCUUUUAAUAUUGUGAUCAUCGAACUGUGAUAUAUUCGCGACUACAUUUAUAUUCUAUAUAUAUAUAUAUCCGGUGAUAAUUUGUACAUAUAUAAAUAUACAUAUAUUCGUUCGACUCUUUGUCUUUUCAACGAAGAAAAUACGUGACAAGUGAUCAUCAACGAAGAGGAAAAGUAAAAGAUAAAAGAAGAAGCAGAAAAAAUAUCGACGUCAUGGCUGAAAAAACAUCAGAUUUAAACGAUGUAGAGAAGACGUCGUUGGUAGAUUCAGCAUUACUACCAAAAAUACAAACACCCACAUUGGAUGAUGGAAAGAUUAAUUUAACAGAAAAUGAUACGCAGAAGGACCCAGAAAGUGCGAGACCUAUCAACAAAGGUAGUGCUGUAAAACAAGUUUUAGCAGCAUUGGUAGCUCAACUAGGAACCAUCAAUACUGGAAUGACCUUUGGCUUCUCAGCUAUAGCACUUCCUCAACUUCAAGAACCUAAUAGUACGAUUCCAAUCAUUCAGGGAUCGGCAGAAGAAUCUUGGAUAGCUAGCAUGUCAUCCAUCGGUACUCCAAUUGGUUGCUUAGUAUCAGGAUAUAUGAUGGAUAUGUUUGGAAGAAAACGAUCCUUAAUUAUCACCGAAAUUCCAGCGUUACUUGGCUGGAUAUUAAUUGCAACUGCAACCGACAUUCACAUGAUCUAUGCCGGAAGAUUUUUUGUUGGACUUGGAUCCGGUAUGGUGGGUGCGCCAGCUCGAGUCUAUGCUAGCGAGGUGACUCAACCACAUCUUAGAGGAAUGUUAACAGCAAUGUCAAGCGUUGGUGUCAGUACGGGUGUUUUGAUAGAAUACGCUCUAGGAAGCCUUCUCUCAUGGAAUCUUUGCGCAGCCAUCAGUGGAAUUCUUCCACUUGCUGCUUUAUUACUGAUGUUCAUUUUUCCUGAAACUCCGUCUUAUCUAAUUUCUCGAAAUAGACCGGAUAAAGCGAGAAAAGCUUUGCAACAAUUCCGUGAUAAUAACUAUAACAUUGAUCAAGAAAUGGAAGUGUUAGAAGAAUUCUCCAAUAAGAAUAAUCUCAAACGAUUAACUGGAUUACGUGAAAUUGUUAGCGCACUUCUUAAACCUAAUGCUCUUAAGCCGUAUGCUUUACUCUUCAUAUAUUUUUUGAUUUACCAAUUUUCUGGUACGAAUGUGAUAACAUUUUACGCGGUUGAAAUUUUUAACGAUUCCGGAACAACGAUAAAUAAGUAUUUGGCAGCAGUCAUUUUGGGAAUAGUAAGAUUAAUAUCUACGAUAGUUGCUUGUAUUGCAUGCAGACGUUGUGGUAGAAGAUUACUUACUAUGGUAUCGUCUGUGGGUUGUGGUUUGUCUAUGAUUGGAUUAGGUGGCUAUAUGUGGUUAAAGGAAUAUUGGGUAAUAAAUCAAUUACCAUUCAUGGCUACGUGGAUACCACUUUUCUGUAUAUUUUCAUAUACAAUCACAUGUACUCUUGGAUUUUUAGUCAUUCCUUGGAUAAUGAUCGGAGAAGUAUAUCCCGUACAAGUCCGAGGUAUUAUAGGUGGCUUAACGACAAUGACCGCCCAUUCUUUUAUCUUUAUAGUUGUUAAAACGUAUCCCUUCUUUGUUAGUGCGUUCACGAGUCAUGGUACUUUUAUUUUUUAUGGUUGUAUUUCAUUAUUCGGUACAAUAUACUUUUACAUAUGUCUCCCCGAAACCAAAGGUAAAACUCUUCAAGAAAUAGAAGAUUACUUCUCUGGAAGGAGCAAUAGUUUAUAUACUGGAAAAAUACGUAACAAUCCACAAGUAUUAGAAAUUAAAAAGGGGCAGGUUUUGCCUUAAUACAAUUGAUAAAUUUCAUUUUCUAAGAAUAAUGUUUAUGUGUGUGUAAAGAUUCUGCAAUUAUUAUGUCAUAUGAUGCCAAUGACUAUUUAAACUUGUAUAUUUUUGUUUCUCUCUUGUUUUAUUUUUUCUUCUUUUCUUAUUUUUUAACAAAUUCAGAUGAUACUAGUUGACUUAAUUACUUAGUAUCAAGUACCUUAUAUUUCAACUGUGAUCCAUUUUUUCCACCAAUCGUUCUAGAAACUUCUUAGAAUAACUAAAUCUGUCAUUUAUAACCUUUUUUAGAGAAUAAUAUGAUAUUUCAAUUUCAUAGAGAUUAUAUUUGAAAUCCUCAUUUGUUCUUGAUAUUUGAAUUGCCUUUUCAAUGGCAUCACAUAUGUUCAUCUUAUUCAUUAAUAUUGUACACAUGUAUGCAUAUAUGUAAUUUAUUUUAGUUUUAUUUUAUUAAUUUUCUAAAUCAUAAAUUAUUUUACAGCACUUAUAUAUCUUACUCAAGUAAAUAUGACUAUUUUAUUAUUUAAUCUUUUGGAAAUUUUUCAUAAACAAAUUAAAAUGAUUUAACAAAUAUGAUAUAUAAAGAAAAAAAUGAUGUCCAAUGUUAUUUAUUAUUAUAGACGAUCGAUAUAACUUUGAUAAAAAAAAUAAACAAAAAGUGAAAAAUGAAUGCUUUUAAAAAAUUACAAGGGGCAAUUGCAGCAUCUAAAAGACUUAAACAAAUCUAGCCACAAUGACUUAUGUAUUUUAGAUAGGAUAAUAAAUUUUUUAGAUUUAUAUGUUAUACAUACUCGUUGAUAAGAACAGAUGCAAAUAUAUUUAUUAGAAUCAA